CCUGCCAUUUGGAGAAGGGCGGAUACGCGAUUUUUGACGACGCGAGGGGGGGCCGUCGGCUCCUCGCGCGAAUUGCUUUUGUUUGUUCCUCAUGUUUUCUUUGCUUCAAGUUGUGCGUUUCCUUUGUUUGUGCCCUCUAGGUCAACCUGCUGCUUCGACCUCUCGGGCAUACGGCAGGUCAAAGAUCUACAACAACAAACCAUUGGCUCUGGACUGGGAUGGUGGUCUGCAUAAGCUUGGAUGUGGGGCCGUUGUCUUUUUGAGCGACGACAAUGGUGCGACAUGGUACUGUUGUGGGGGUGUUGAGAAAUCUGAGAGCGCCAAGAACACCUACGACGGGAGGCCGUUCAGGACCUUCUUUCUUACGUCAGUUUUCGACAAGGACGGGAAAAAUUGGGUCAAGGAAGACAAGAAGGUCGGCCUUGACUUGCGGCUCUUUCAAGGCUAUGGCGUCAAGGCUUUCUCCAUGAAAGCGUUUGACGCGCGCGGGGACGGCGCCGAGCUUCGCAUGCUCACUACGGAACAAUUCCUCAGUAGAACGAAUGGCUACCGCAUCACUGGCUGCCUUCCUGUCGUCGACAGUUCCUUGGAGCUCACCAAGCCGUUGGUGAAAUUCAGCAGCCCGGCGGACCAACUUCCAGGUGUUGUUAAGGAGUACAGGGAAGCCUUCUUGAGGCUGCCUCUGGACCAGCAAGCUGACUGCGCUUUUGUGCCCUUUGUCACGAGCUCGAGGAGAUCGCGAUAUACGCCAUCCGCACCGGUUGGGAAGAGGAAACAGUUGGCUGCUUGUCUAGCUCCGCCUUUGCCAGGCGCGUCGCCCUCGCCCUUGCCCACGGUGAGGGGAGGUCACGAUCUCGCUCAAUGUUCCAGUGAGGCUACGGAGUACGAUGACAGACUUUUGUACGGACGCAAUGUUGCGCGCGACAGUGUCCAGGAAGGUGCGACUGCCCUGAUUGAGCAAAACAAGGAUGAAGAAGAUGGGGGAAGUUGCGGUUCACGUGAAGACGGCGGUGAUUACGAGUACAUGGACGUUGGGGAUGAGAACAUGCAGGACCAGAACAUGCUUGGCGAUGACGACGUCGGUAUCACGUCGGAGCAUGGCCCUUGCGAUAUCCCCGCCGGUUCUGUGGGGCCGGCUGUUGGCCGGCACUUGUCGUCCCCUGCGAUAUGCCAUUCGCAAGGCGAGAGUCAGGGUGGGCAUGACUCGCAGGAGCACGGAGGAUCGAAGUCGAGGAAAACGACAAGAGAAACUUUUCCUUCUGCUUCCGCUCACAAGAGACAAUCGAGGACUGACGCAGUAAAUGAGGCUCGUGGAGCUCUGAUAGCAUCCCAGGAGGCGAGACCUCCACGGAAGAGCAGCCAGGGGGGAAGAUCUGGCGGUCGUGGCAGCGGCCGUGGUGGGGCAAGAAAAGGUAAGCAGAUAGUGAGGGCAGAAGAACUGCGGGACUCGGGAGAUGAGGGCGAGGGAGUGGGCCCUCGCAUGCCCGACGAUGGUGAUGAACCGCUUCAGCACGCUGCACCCAUCGACACGACGCGUUGUUUCUUCCUCGAGUAUGACGAGCGGGGUUUUGCUAAGCAAAAAGUCCUCCCUGUUCUUGUGGACAUCAUGAAAAUCAAACGCAUUCCCCGCGGGAAUAUUCUUUUCAACCAUCGCUCUUUGUCUGCGAAUAUUGUGCGAGGCAUCGAGAAUGCCAUCGAGAGUUCCAUCACCACGGAACCGGGGGCGUGGGAUAGGCCUGAGCUCGUGCUUGCGCCGGUUGACCGCAACGAAAUCGUCGGCGGGAAGGGAAGGCGGAUAACACCGACCGAAUUCUUCGAAAGAGACUCCUCGGAGUUCGAUUGGUAUACUGUCUGCGGUCAGCAUACGGUCGAGGCGAUGAAGACAUUCGUAAAAAAAGGUUCUCCGGCAGUCGAUGUCUAUGGCCUUCGCGCGUACUCUAAGGUGCGGGUCGUCUAUUUUGGAGAUGACCAAACGCAAGGGCAUUUCAAUGUCUCCGCCUUCAACAACACGCGCGAAAAUAGGGCCAUGAUGUUGUCGUUCGAGGAUGCUCUCCGUGAUAUGAGGCAAUGGUGGAUCGAUAACCACCGAAGCGAGGCCCUGAAAGGCAAGGUCAGCGAUAAGGAUGCAGUCGCCGUUGCGCACCAAAAGAAGUGGCAAAAUUUCUUAAGGGCCUCCAUGGGGAAGGCAUGCGACAAGGCGUUCGUAAAGCAAGCGCUCGAGAAUGAGUACAGUAAGGAUUGGAGCAAUAAACUCCGUGGCUACAUGAACCUCGCCACAUUCACCGAGGUUGUAUGGCCACUGGUCGAGAAGUUCUUCGACAUGUUCAACGAGGGGAAGCUGCCAGUUGGCGAUGGUAAAAUACCGCUUGACAUGCCGGGUAGGAUGGAGGGGCGCCAGCCAGGCCCGUACACCGACGAGACGAAGGGGCAAAGGACAUUAUACCAUUGCAUUUACGCGAGAGAUGGUCCCAAAGGCUCCAUCGUGUCGUGGAAGGAUCUCUGUCCUUCCUACUUCAAAAAUUUUGGGGAUUUGACGUGCCGCGAGAGGGAAGUUGCACUGCUCCUACUCAUGAAAGGGAAGGUGGUCGCGACGAACGUCAAGGUCAUGCCUCCGAGAGUGAAUACGGAGUGCCUCCUUGACAUCAUGCGCAAGGAACGCUACAUGGUCCGUAUGUUCAACUACGUUGUUUUCCGCGCCGAGGGAAGGGCGGACGAUGAAUGGAAUGAUGCCUUCUUCAUGUCAUACAAGGACCUUGAAGACAGGUAUGGGCCGAACGGUCUAUGUGCAGCUGAAUGGGAGAAGGAACGGGACAAGCUGCAUGUCAGCAAAGUGAAGACGGUCCCUCGACGACUUGGAGGGGUGGAGGAGGCAAGGCAAGGAUCAGGCUUGGGCCCUACAGCGGCAAUGUAUAAGGAGGCUCCGUUCCACUUUAAGGUGCAAAGUGAUGUUCUGCGUUGCUUAUUCCGGUGGGAGGACAACGAACUCAUCCUCGGGACCUGGAAACGGGAUGACAGGCCAUCGAAUGACAUCACGAGGUAUGGCAAUAUCGCUACGGCGGGUCGAGACAUGAUGGUCAUUGUCUUGCACGCGGAGGGAGGGGAUCUCAGAAAGGUCACGGUCGCACCCCACCUUGUUAAUGACCUCACAAACGUGAAUGUCGUGGAGGAGAAGUUCGGGAAGUGUCUGGGGAAACACGGUGGCAUAGAUGGCGAUGAAAGUGUGGUGUAUUCCAUCUGGGAGCGAGAGCUUGGCAAGUUGCGUUCCUUGUGCGGGUCAUUCGUCGGGGAGGCGGAAGGUGUGCUUUUAUUGGGUAGGGCGCACGCGGGUCUUGUGUGGGAAUUCUUACUGGCAGGGAAUAAUGUCAUUGCCUGUGACGAGUCGGCAAAGGACAUUGCAUACUUGACAAAGUUCAUCGAUAUACUUGUCAAGGACGACAGAUUCAAGUGCCACGUCGAGAAACCGCGUUGCAAACAUCGCCCGAACUGGGACAUGUUCCACAAGUUGGGGCCUAAGAGACUGAAGAUGUGGGAGUACCUGUUCCGCGAUAUGCCACAAGGACAGCUUGACGGAAAAUAUAUGUACAGGAAAGCAAAGGCAACAGAGACCCUCAAACAUUAUCACGGUGCUCUCACUGGCGUCUUUGAGACUUUUGUUGCUCGAUGCGAGAUCCUCAAGUUCGAUCGUCGCAAAGACAAAUUGACAUCCAAGGACUACGCGGAGCUCGCGAAAUCGGGCGAUGGCUUUAACCCCGUCGACAGUGAGGAAGAUUCUUCAGACUCCGACCUCGAACUGGGCGAGGACACAUGUGGUGGAAUGGUGCAAGCCCACGAUGACGGAACUGUCCAUUCGCACGGAGGGUCCAUCCCGGUGGCCGCCCCAAGCGUCGCCUCAAUGGUGGCCCCGUCAGAGACUGCUGCAUUGCAAGACGUUGGAAGAUGCGGUGGCAAUGAAGAAGACGACAUUGAGAUACCAGGCGAGGCGUCGACACUCGCACCAGGCGAUGCAAUUCCUCCAGGCUACUGGCAGAGCGAGGCCGCCAUCAAAGCCAAGGCCGAAGAAUUGUUUCAUGUCUUGCGCGACAAUCGGCAACUGGAGUACAGCAACAAAUUUUAUGCCCUGCCCUCGAGUCCCUCAUGCGGGUUAAUCAACUGGAAGGUUGAUCAAACCGCCAGAACCUUGGAGGGGAGCUGCUCUCAUGAUUUCAUGCCUUCGGCUGAGCCGGCCUCUGUGGCCGCGCAAGCAGGGCACAGGGGAGAUGACGGGGCUACUGUUGUCGGGCCUCAAGAGGUUGACAUCACGUAUAAGCCGCAAAUAUCGAAAAAAUUCAUCUCGGUCGCCGCGACACAAUCGUCCUCACCCAUCGAUGUGUCAACGAUGUUGCCGCCAGAUGCAGGUGCCACGUACGGGAGUUUAUUGAUAACAAAUGCUGCAAUGCAAGGCAGAUCCGAGAUCGAGUCAGAGUCUUAUGUUGGGCCGAGCGUGGCAGAGAGUCCAUCUUUAUGCACUGGCAAAGGUGAUGCACAAUCACCGCUGACACCACAGGGAGGGGCCGGUGGGGAUGGCGGGAAGGGAGGGGAUGUGGAGGGAAUGCACCGUUCUCGCAACCUCGACACCUUAACCGCUGAUAUUGAUUAAAAGGGUGAGGGUGGGUGAGGCGGGAGGGGUGCAAUUGGAGGGGGAGAAUCCAGUGAUAUGAUUACAACUUCACCUCUGCCUUGUUGAACGAAAUUGUGUAAUUGACUUGGUUCGUUGUUUUGUUUAAAACAGAAUUCGUAUUAGUCUCCGUAGGCACCACUUCUACGUCGUUUUUCCAUUUAUGUAUWUUUUUUUUUUCAYCUCAAAUUUUUAAUAGACCUGAGAUGUUUAGAUUGACUGYCCGUYUCGACGUGCAGUAACAAAUCGUGGUGGGAGCG